AUGACGAAGACUGAUAGAUUUCAAGCUUCCAUAUGUAUGCCAUCAACCGCUCUUAGGCACUGCAAUGCUACAAAUUUGUCGCAGGCCACUAAUAUUGCGUAUCAAAUAGCGAGAGCAGCAUCCAUCUAUAAUGUGAUGGAGGUGAUUGUGUUGGAUAUUCCACAUCAAGUACCCAGAUCCAAGUCAAAAGAACAAGCGCCAGCGCUUCAGGGGAACCAAAAAAAAUUUUUUUCUUCGAAGGAAUAUGAGGAAGAGACAGAGCAAAAGUCCGAUAAGAGUCGUGACGCUGUUAUCCUUGCUACUUUGCUACAGUAUUUCGUUACACCACCCUAUUUGGUAAAGCAUGUGUUCAAGCCCAGUGACAGAGCGUUUCUCAAACAUGCCGCAAAGCUUCCUAAAAUAACCACCCUUCCCUUCAUGACAGCAAAUACAAUUGGCCGAUUCAAGGAAGGCUUGGCCAUUCCGAAGCAUACCCCGAAGGUACAUAAAAAAGGGAAGAAGUUGAGUGCUCAGAAAAAACUCAAAGUGACGAAGUUUGUAAAUGUGGGAUCAGCAAAACCGCUCACUCUCAAUGAACAAGAGGUCCCAGUUCAUGUUCGCGUGACAGUCGACACAUUACAAAAAAAGGUCGUCAGUCCACAUGAAGCAUAUAACCACGGAGGAAAUUCUCUGCCUGGGUAUUUGGUACGCUAUGCUCAAUCAAUUAGCUCAGUCUACACCGAGCUGUGUGUUACUGAUGGCUACACGCAAACUGCGAUCGUCGAUGCUGACAAUUAUUUCUUAAAAGAUUGUGGCCAAGAAAUUCCGAUGUAUCAACCGAAGAAAGCAGAAAGUCUUCUUCUUUUGAUAGGUAACUGGCAAGAUUUUGAGAGAAAUGCCGUGCAUGAUCCAAACGUUUCUAGUGUUGUCGACGUAAUUGACAGUAGAAUACCUGUACCCUAUGCUACCAGAAUUGAAGAUGCGGCCCUCAUUUCUCUUACGAAAAUGUUUGAUAAUACUGAUAGGUAA